GGAGGCGUGUCCACACUGGACUGUAAUAACACGUUUGAAGCUGGCAGAAAAACACUGAAGCCACUCUUCUGGCCAACAGAUAAUUUCAACACACUUAUUCAGAGGAUAUACAGUAAAGCCAUGGGUCACAUGUUAAUAGGGCUGUUGGUUUUGUUUUCUCACCAGAGCUCAGCACUCGCCUCCCAAAAUGACUCAGAGCUGCUGCCGCGGACUUUUUCUGGUCACUUUGUGAUGGUCACUGAUGAUCCUGUAGACUACAUUGACCUUUCUGCGUUGGACAGUCUGAUGGACGACACAGGGUCUGGCUCAGGAUCACAGCAGGAGCCGGUGAAAAGACACGGCCACCACGGCCCACACCGUCAACCCCAGAAGCACUAUUUUGUCUCAGAGGAGGCUAAAGGUUUUCUCAAGGGUCGCCUGGCAACAAGCGUUGUCCCGACCAUUUACACCCUUGUCUUCAUCAUCAGCGUGCCCCUCAACCUCAUUACUAUGGUGAUGUUUGUGCAUCAAAUCCGUCCCAGGAAACCAGCAGUGAUCUACAUGCUGAACCUGGCCUGCGCUGACCUGCUGUUUGGCCUGCUCCUUCCCUUCAAGAUUGCCUACCAUUACCAUGGCAACAACUGGAUCUAUGGCUCCUUCAUGUGCAGAGUUGUCACAGCAGCCUUCUACUGCAACAUGUACUGCUCUGUCCUGCUCAUGACGUGCAUCAGCAUCGACCGUUUCCUGGCUGUGGUUUACCCCAUGAACUCGCUGACGUGGCGCAGCCCUCAGACAGCUUCAGCCGUGUGUGCUGCCAUGUGGCUGUUAGCCCUCGGGGGAGUGUCCCCUCUGCUGGUCUCAGGGCAGACCAUCUAUUUGUCAGACCUGGGCAUCACCACCUGCCAUGAUGUGCAGGAUGUGGAAAAACUGCAAGCUUACUAUCUUUACUUCUUCCCCAUCUACUCCUCUGUCUUCUUCUUCAUCCCUCUUGUCUUCACUGUUGUCUGUUAUGUACGUAUUAUCCAGGCUCUGGCAGCAGCCAAUGUGGAGAACCGCUCCAGGAAGACUCGGGCUGUGGUGAUGGCUGUGAUCGUGCUGAUGGUGUUUGUGGUCUGUUUCACUCCCGCCAACAUCAUCCUGAUGGUUCACUAUGUUCAGCUGUCCCACAAGUCCAGUGACAGUUCCUACCAGGCGUACCUGAUCUCCAUGUGUCUAGGCAGCCUCAGCUGCUGUGUGGAUCCAGUCCUCUAUUACUUUGGCUCUUCUCAGUGCCAGAAGCAGGUGGCAGCACUGUUCAGAUGUAGGCAACUGGCACGAGCAGAGAGCAGCUCAGAGACACAAAGUACGAGAACCAGUGGGCGGACAGACAGCAGCAGGUUAUGCAAGAUGGAGAGCGCUCAAACUGGCCUGGGGAGCCAUUACAGCAGGCUGGUGGCUUAAGUGCAUGGACAUAAGGAGACUGGUCAGUCUGAGAGACUGCAAACUUGCACAUACACCCACAGCAUAAGACUCCCAUCUGUAUUUGAAACAUUACUAAGGACAUGGUUGGGUUGGAUCAAAAGAAAUAAUACAAAACUAUAACUGUU